AUGCCGGUCACGCUGAUCAACAAUAACAAGGCCGUGAAGCUCGAGCUUCCCAAAUCUCAGGCUUCUGCUGAGGUGCUUUUCUUCGGCGCUACGGUCACCUCGUGGAAGGUAGCAGGUGGCAGCGAGCGCCUCUUUCUCUCUUCCAAAGCAGCCCUCGAUGGAAGCGCUGCUGUUCGAGGCGGCAUCCCUCUUGUUUUUCCCGUAUUUGGAUCGCCCAAGGAUCAUGAUGAUGUGCCUGAGCUCAUCACAAAGCUUAACAAGCACGGAUUUGCGCGCGAUCACGACUGGGCCCUCUCUACGCACGUCGCAAGCGUCGACCAGGAGGACAAGGCGAGUGUGACGUUGGAACUGCGCACCAAUGACAAGCCCGACAUCAAGGCCGUGUGGCCUUUUGAAACGGUACUUCAGUACACUGUGACAUUGCUCCCACACCAGCUCAAGUGCGAGCUCAAGGUCAACUAUGUCGACGGCGAAGGAGACAUGCCCUUCCACGCACUUCUUCACAACUACUUCCUCGUGCCCGACUCCACCAAAGCUUCCGUUCAGGGUCUCAACGGCAUGUUCUACAUUGACAAGGUACUCGGCGGAGAAGAGGUCCAGCUCAACACGGACAACUUUACGCUUGACGCACAGCCAAUCGAUCGCGUCCACGUUGGCAAACACAAGACCAUCCCGGCUGGCGAAAAGCCACGAGAUGUCAAGUUGGUGUACAACGCCAGUUUGCUCCAAGAUCCACUGGGAAGGAUGGGUAAAGGUGUCGAAGUGACCAGAUCCAAGCAGCUCAAGGAUACCGUGGUGUGGAACUGCGCAGACGAAGGCAACAAGUUGAUCAAAGAUCUGGAGGAUGGCGAUUGGAAAAAGUAUGUUUGCGUCGAGCCUGGCUCGGUUCAUGGCUUCGAGACACUGCCCAAGGGUAGCAAAUGGAUUGCUGAGCAAACGUUGACUGCCUGGUAA